AUGACUUUGGCUGAAGCGGCCAAAGUGGUGGUCUACACGUGUCCGGUGGACACACAGGCGACCGAAACAAAGGGAACAGUACUUAUUAAGUCGGCCGACGAGUUGAUGAACUUUAGUCGCGGCGAAGAGAGUCUACUGGAGUCGCAGAUCAAAGGAAUCGCCGAUUCGGGCGCUAAAGUGGUGGUCUCUGGCGGAAAGUUUGGUGAUUUGGCCCUUCAUUACUGCAAUAAAUAUAAGUUAUUAGCCGUUCGUCUGAUGUCUAAGUUUGAUAUCCGACGGCUGGCAAAGACGGUGAACGCCACGCCUUUGGGUAAACUUAUCGCUCCCACUCGUGAAGAACUCGGCUUUUGUGAUAAAGUGUUUAUCGAUGAAAUCGGCGGAACAAAUGUCGUUGUAUUUGAACAAAAGGCAAAGGAGUCUCGGGUGGCGACGAUCGUCAUCAGGGGUUCGACCGAUAAUAUCAUGGAUGACAUUGAGAGAGCCAUCGAUGACGGCGUCAACACAUUUAAGGCGUUGACACGAGACGGACGACUUGUGGCCGGUGGCGGUGCCGUUGAGAUAGCGAUGGCCCGACGUAUAGCCCUAUACGCGGAGACACUGCCCGGACUCGAACAGUAUUCGGUCGGGAAGUUUGCCGACAGCCUCCAGAGCCUACCGGUAGCGCUGGCCGACAACGCGGGCAUUAAGUCAACGGACAUGAUAUCGCUGUUACAGACGGCCCACCAGAACGACAAAAGCACGACCGCUAUCAACAUCGACAGCGAUGUGGCCGCUGUUGUCGACGCCAUUGAAGCCAAUAUUUAUGACUUAUAUUUAACGAAAUACUGGGGAAUAAAGUACGCGACGGAUGUGGCCAACACUAUACUACAGGUCGACCAAAUCAUAUGCUCGAAACCCGCCGGCGGACCCAAACCACCCAAACAGGGCGGCGAUUGGGAUAAAGACUAA